UGCAAAACUGAAGUUAUUUGUACUUUUUUGUAUUCACUUUUUUAUAAUUUUAAUCCAAUCUGUUCGUGCAGAAAUCGUACAAAGUUUUUUUGUCGAAGUUGACAAGCACUUUUUUAUACUUUUUGUUGCAAGACGGACUGUCAAAGAUAAAACGGACAAAUAACAAUGAUUUAUAGCAAUAAAUAAAAAAAAUGCAAAUAACGAAAUAUGGACAUAGGUGACCCUGGAUUUUUACAUAAUCUGAAUGCUGAAGAAAUAAACUUUCUAUUGAUAUAUGGUUUGUCAGAAUAGAAGUAUACAAAGAUGGAUUCUGAGGGUGCAAACGAAACAGAAUAUUGAGAAAAUGUCCUUUGAAGUUGUUAAUCUGAGGCUAUGUAGCAGGCCAUCUGCUCACAAAAAGAAAGUUUCUUUACAUUUACGUUAGAAAUUUACAGCAAUUCUUCAUGGAACAUAAAAUCAUAAAAUUUUACCCAUACAAUGUAUUUUUGGUGAUUACUAAAAAUGUUCCUGUGCUACUUAAGACUGGUUUUAUUGUCCAGGGUCAACAAUAUGAUGUCUUAGAAGGACAGCAGUGGUAUGAACCACAUUGUCAGUUAUUUAUAAUAAGUAGACUUGUUUUUAUCUGGUUAACAAAUGGUUAUCCUUGGCAAGAUUUUAUUUGAUAGCAUAUGCCUUUUUUCACAACUCGGGAUAAUCGUUUACCCUUGAACUGUUUCAUAGCAUCUGACGUCAGACCACAUCACCUCUCCGCUCUCUAAUCAUCACUGGGCUAAUAACUUUAUCAUCGAUGUCAAAUGUGCUGAAAUGACACUCUUUGAUCAAAUAUGCCAUAUCACUUACCAGAACUGGUUAUGUCAGGUUUGGAUACACAGCAUGAAGCAUUAAAGUUUUAUCAUUUAAACGUAUUAAUCAUGAUUCGGAAAGGUAUAAAAGCCCUUUAGUUUACUUUUUACAUUUUACAAACCACUUCAGAAUGAACAGCUUCUAUAAAGAUGACUAUCUUUUAGGCUUUGGAGCAACAUUUCAUUCUAUAAAGACAGAUUAUUAAUGUGUUAUAAUUGAAACUAACAGUUUGAUGAAUGUGCACCCCCAAGGUUGUUGUUAGGUAUUUAUUUAUAUGCGGUACCUUCAUAGAGAGCAUGUCCCUCCUUUUAUCCUGUGCCCAUGUAGAGGUCUUUAUGCUAGUUGGGAAGGUGUGACAGACUCAGGUUUAUUACCCUCAGCAUGGAGCAAAGUCCGUCAGAAGGCCUUCACACGGCACCAUCUCUGGGACAGUUCGAGUCCGUGCCUGUUUUCCUAUCUGUCCUGAGAGGCCUCAACAGUUAUGAAUGACAGUUUACGGUGACCCGCACCUCCCCUCUCCUAUGGAACAUGAACAACCCACACUAUCCCCAGGAUCACCCCCAGCCCGCAGCUUUCCACCCCACCGACUACACGCGGGACAUUGUGACCCAAGAGGCACCUUUAACAUCUCAGGAUUUAAAGCCAGACCCAGAUGGAAGGGCAGGUCAGGAGGAGGGCUGUCCCGUGUGUGGUGACAGGGUGUCGGGGUAUCACUAUGGUCUGCUCACCUGUGAGAGCUGUAAGGGCUUUUUCAAGCGCUCCAUACAGAACAACAAGCGCUAUAUGUGUGCAGAGCGACAGAACUGUCCCAUGGACCCGGCCCAGAGGAAACGCUGCCCUUACUGCCGCUUUCAGAAAUGUUUAGCUGUGGGAAUGAAAAGAGAAGCCGUACGUGCUGACCGCAUGAGAGGUGGACGAAACAAAUUUGGGCCUCUAUAUCGACGGGACAGACAAAUGAAACAGCAAAGAGGGUCCUAUCACACGGCCAACACUUUCCCCUGCAGGGUCAAACAGGAGGGACCACAAACAUCAAUACAUCAUGAUUUUCCUUUCUCAAACCAGUCUCCUGCUACUCCUGACCAUUACCACCCACCCCAGUCAGUUCCUCCCAGCAUCAGCCAAUCAGAGUUUCCCAUGUUACUGGACUGCGCCAUCCCCAGAGACCGGACACUUUCUGAUCCAUCCCUGUCUUUUCACGCGCUGUAUUAUCCAGGCUCUUACGGAUGCUCUCAAGAGAAAAGAGACCUCACGUUCAACUACAGUCCUGCUUCAACGUUGCCCUCUGGUCCAGUCUCCCCUACUCUUCUCACCACACCUGUAUUAACACCAGCUUCAACUCCUAGUUCAACCCCGAAUCCACAUAUCCUGACGCCCAACGUGACCCCAAAUCCUAGUUCAUGCUUCUUAAGCCAGCUCCUGCAAGCUGAGCCGGAUGAGAAGCAACUCUGCAUGCGGGUUUUAGCAAGCCUCCAGAGAGAACAGGCAUGUCGAGGAAAACACGACCGCCUUAAUACCUUCAGCAUCAUGUGCAAAAUGGCCGACCAGACUUUGUUUGGACUGGUGGAGUGGGCACGCAACAGCACCCUGUUUAAAGAUCUUAAGGUGGAGGACCAAAUGGGGCUUCUGCAGAGCUGUUGGAGUGAACUUCUGAUCCUGGAUCACCUGUGCAGACAGGUGGCUUAUGGAAGAGACGGCUGCAUCUGUUUGAUUACCGGACAACAGAUCGAAGUAUCCAUCAUCCUCAGCCAGGCUGGAGUUACUCUCAGUAGUCUGGUGUGCAGAACCCAGGACCUUGUUUCAAAGCUUAAGUCUCUUCAGCUGGACAGAGAAGAGUUUGUGUGCCUCAAAUAUCUUGUUCUCUUUAACCCAGAUGUAAAAUCAGUACAGGAUCGCAGGCAGGUCGAACAGACUCAAGAGCGUGUCAACAAAGCACUGAUGGAUCACACCAUGCAGACCCAUCCGGGUCACUCGGACAAGUUUGGCCAGCUGCUACUCCGUCUGCCUGAGGUGCGCAGCAUCAGUCUGCAGGUGGAGGAGUAUCUGUAUCAGCGCCAUCUGCUGGGUGAUCUACCCUGCAACUCGCUGCUCACUGAAAUGUUGCAUGCGAAGCACACAUAAGACACAAUGAGAACAAAGCUUGUCUUUUCAUAUGCUCUUGUGAAUCUUUAUUUGAUCUUUAAGUGCUGAAUCUGGAUUUGUGGCACAAAAUGUAUCAUUUUGAACGUCACUAUUUUUGAAUAAAUUAAGAUGCCAGUUGUCAUCAUUGGCCGGCAUUAUCUGUAUAAUAACUACAGUAUAAAAUGUGAAGUAAGCUCACACGCUGUUAACUAAUUCGUUAUUUGUGGAAAUCACAUCUGGUCAAACACUGCCACUGUCUUACUUGCCUUAUCCACUGUCACGCAUUCUUAUUAUAAAAGAAAAUGGUUUGUCAUUGAUAUUACUACCAAGUUUCAAUUUUCCAUCUGUUUUCUGUGGUCUGAUUUUACGUCCAGAAAGGUAAAUGUUAUAAAGCCUGCUAAGAAUCUUUGAAGAUCACCAAUAAGCUCAAACAGGAAAAUGAAUGACUUAAUAAA